GCGUCUUCAACAACAACAGCUAGUCAUCCACCUCGGUAGCUUGCUAGCUAAUAGCCGAAACACUAAAAUUCUUGAGCCACUGUCGGUGUAUAUUAGCCACUGUGUUUUAAACACAUGUCUGUCGUAUAGCUGGUUGCCGCAUUUAAUCUAAUUUUACGUUGCUAGUAGUCAGCUAGCUGACUGGUUAAAUCAGCAGUAGCACUAGGCUAAUCAUUAAUGCUAACCAGCUAACGUUAGCUAGCUACCAUGAGUUCACUAAACUACUCCACCCCUGCUAAAGAAGAAGAGGUCUGCUGGACGGAGAAAGAAUUUCUCGUGAAAGAGGAGACGGAAGAAGAGGCUGUUACAAUAAAACAAGAAGUAGAGGAUGAUGCUGUUACAGUGAAAGAAGAAGCUUACAGCCUGAAGGAGGAGAAAGAGCAGGAUGCAGUGUUUGGAGUGAAAGAGGAGGGGCAGUUGGCGGUCACAGUGAAAGAAGUGUUUGGAGUGAAAGAGGAAGGGGAGUUGGCGGUCACAGUGGAAGAAGUGUUUGGAGUGAAAGAGGAGGGGGAGUUGGCGGUCACAGUGGAAGAAGUGUUUGGAGUGAAAGAGGAAGGGGAGUUGGCGGUCACAGUGGAAGAAGUGUUUGGAGUGAAAGAGGAGGGGGAGUUGGCGGUCACAGUGGAAGAAAUGUUUGGAGUGAAGGAGGAGGGGGAGUUGGCGGUCACAGUGGAAGAAGUGUUUGGAGUGAAGGAGGAGGGGGAGUUGGCGGUCAAAGUGGAAGAAGUGUUUGGAGUGAAGGAGGAAGGGGAGAUUACUGUCACAUUGGAUGAGGAAGAGGGAGAAUUAGAGAAGACUGGAAAUCUGAUUAACACCAGAGAGAGACCAGACUCUCAUUCUGACAGUGGGAAGACUCCUUCAGGCGAUUUAGAGCCAGAGAUGUCCAAACCAGCGAGACAACACCACUGCUCUCAGUGUGGAAAGACAUAUACCAGGUUAUGGAACCUGAAAAGGCAUGAGAGAACACACACAGGAGAACAUCCUUUCAAAUGCUGCCAGUGUGGAAUGUGUUUUACCCGGUUAGGGUACCUUAAAGACCAUAAGAGAACACACACAGGAGAGAAGCCUUACCACUGCUCUCAGUGUGGGAAGAGUUGCACCCAGUUAGGGAAUUUGAGAACGCAUGAGAGAAUACACACAGGAGAGAAGCUUAACCAAUGCACUAAAUGUAGAAAGCGAUUUUCCUCUUCCGAAUACCUGAAAAUGCAUAAGACAAUACAUUCAGGCGAGACACUUUAUAACUGUUCUCAGUGUGCAAAGAGUUUUACCCGAUUAGGGUCCCUGAAACGACAUGAGAGAACACACACAGGGAAAAAGUCUUUCCACUGCUCCCUGUGUGGAAAGUGUUUUACUGAGUUAGGUAACCUGAAAAAACAUGAGAGGACACACUCAGGAGAAAAGUCGAGUUUUUCCUCAUUGGAUUAUCUGAAAAAACAUAAAAUAAUUCACUCUGGAGUACCACCUUACCAGUGCUCAGACUGUGGGAAGAGAUUUAGCCGAUUAAACCACCUGAGACGGCAUGGGAGAACACACUCAGGAGAGAAGCCCUAUCAAUGCUCCCAGUGUGGAAAGAGUUUUACCCAAGUUGCACACUUGAAAUACCAUAAAAGAACACACACGGGAGAAAAACCUUACCAUUGCUCCCAGUGUGGAAAGAAUUUCACCAUGUCAUGUAACCUGAAAAAACAUGAGAGAAUACACUCAGGAGACAAGCCCUAUCAAUGCUCUCAGUGUGGAAAAACGUUUACCCAGCUAGGGGACAUGAAAAAACAUAAGAGAAUACACACAGGAGAAAAACCCUACCACUGCUCACACUGUGAAAAGAGAUUUACCUCAUCAGGGGACCUGAAAAAGCAUAAGAGGACACACACAGGAGAAAAACCUUACCAUUGCUCCCAGUGUGGAAAGAGUUUCUCAGAGUCAAGUAACAUGAAACAACAUGAGAGAAUACACUCAGGAGAGAAGCCCUACCACUGUUCCCACUGUGAAAAGAGUUUUACCUCAUCUGGGACCUUGAAAUAUCAUGAGCUAACACACUCUGCAAUGAAGCGUUUCCAGGGUGCUCAUUGUGAAAGGAGUUUUAAGAAGUUAGGGAAGCUGAAGCAGCAUAAGAAAAUACACACUAGGGAGCAGCCUUUUGGAACUGCUCCCACUGUGGAAUGACAUGUACCUGGUUAAGGCAACUGAAAUUACAUGAAAGAAUCCACACCGGAGAGAAACCUUACCAAUGCUUCCAGUGUGGAAAGAUAUUUACCCAGUUAGGGAAAGACCAUGAGGUAACACACACAAGGGAGAUUCCUUACCACUGCUCAUAUUGUGGAAACAAAUUCUUCACAUCACAUGGACACAAAGUGCAUCAGGGUGCACACAUACGGCUCCCACACUCUGCUCACAACAUUGACACAGAUACAAUGGCACUUGUAGGGGCGGCAUCGUAGCCUAGUGGUUCGAGCGUUGGACUAGUAACCGAAAGGUUGCAAGUUCGAAUCCCUGAGCUGACAAGGUACAAAUCUAUCGUUCUGCCCCUGAAACAAGGCAGUUAACCCACUGUUCCUAGGCUGUCAUUGAAAGUAAGAAUUUGUUCUUUUAACUGACUUGCCUAGUUAAAUAAAGGUAAAACAUUUUUUUUAAAGAACUGCCCGUACACUGACAGACACCAUAAUGAGACUGAUACAAUGUUGCGAUCUCUAUGAGACAGAGUCUGAGGAAGUGGAUAUAAUCUCCUUAUCAGUAAAAUGAACAAACUUGUAAAAUAUUGAUGACUAUAAAAGACCAGAUCUUUGGAGUAGUUAGAAGGGCGGAGCUGGCUACUGUACCGGGAGACAUUUUGGGUCUUAAAAGGGAGGAGCUGGCUACUGUACCGGGAGACAUUUUGGGUCUUAGAAGGUGUCUCAGCUUCUGGGAGGAUCUGGCUAUUGUACCGGGAGCCAUUUUUAAUAUUUUUUGGCAAAGACAUACACACUCAUGGUAAGCAUUUUUAUGACUCUAGGUGAGUAGAAAAAUAUUUUCUGCCAUGUCAGUGUCUGGAGUAAUAUUCACCGUUCUUUCUGCCAUGUCAGUGUCUGGAAUAAUAUUCACCAUUCUUUCUGCCAUGUCAGUGUCUGGAAUAAUAUUCACCAUUCUUUCUGCCAUGUCAGUGUCUGGAAUAAUAUUCACCAUUCUUUCUGCCAUGUCAGUGUCUGGAAUAAUAUUCACCAUUCUUUCUGCCAUGUCAGUGUCUGGAAUAAUAUUCACCAUUCUUUCUGCCAUGUCAGUGUCUGGAAUAAUAUUCACCAUUCUUUCUGCCAUGUCAGUGUCUGGAAUAAUAUUCACCAUUCUUUCUGCCAUGUCAGUGUCUGGAAUAAUAUUCACCAUUCUUUCUGCCAUGUCAGUGUCUGGAAUAAUAUUCACCAUUCUUUCUGCCAUGUCAGUGUCUGGAAUAAUAUUCACCAUUCUUUCUGCCAUGUCAGUGUCUGGAAUAAUAUUCACCAUUCUUUCUGCCAUGUCAGUGUCUGGAAUAAUAUUCACCAUUCUUUCUGCCAUGUCAGUGUCUGGAAUAAUAUUCACCAUUCUUUCUGCCAUGUCAGUGUCUGGAAUAAUAUUCACCAUUCUUUCUGCCAUGUCAGUGUCUGGAAUAAUAUUCACCAUUCUUUCUGCCAUGUCAGUGUCUGGAAUAAUAUUCACCAUUCUUUCUGCCAUGUCAGUGUCUGGAAUAAUAUUCACCAUUCUUUCUGCCAUGUCAGUGUCUGGAAUAAUAUUCACCAUUCUUUCUGCCAUGUCAGUGUCUGGAAUAAUAUUCACCAUUCUUUCUGCCAUGUCAGUGUCUGGAAUAAUAUUCACCAUUCUUUCUGCCAUGUCAAUGUCUGGAAUAAUAUUCACCAUUAUUUCUGCCAUGAGUCAUUUAUAAGCAGUGGUGUACAGUACUUAAGUAAAAAUACUUGAAGUACUACUUUAGUCGUAUUUGGGGGGUAUCUGUACUUUUACUUCACUACAUUCCUAAAGAAAAGAAUGUACUUUUUACUCCAUACAUUUUCCCUGACACCCAAAAGUACUUGUUAAAUUUUGAAUGCUCAGCUGGACAGGAAAAUAUUGUAAUUCACACACUUAUCAAGAGAACAUCCCUGGUCAUCCCUACUACCUCUGAUCUGGUGGACUCACUAAACACACGCUUCAUUUGUAAAUGCUGUCUGAGUGUAAAUUUAAGAAACAAUAAAAUCGUGCCGUCCGGUUUGCUUAAUAUAAGGAAUUUGAAAUGAUUUAUACUUUAACUUUUGAUAGUUAAGUAUAUUUUGGCAAUUACAUUUACUGUUGACACUUCAGUAUAUUUUAAAACCAAAUACUUUUACUCAAGUAGAAUUUCACUGGGUGACUUUCGCUUGAGUAAUUUUCUAUGAAAGUGUCUUUUACUUUUACUCUAGUAUAACAAUUGGGUACUUUUUCCAACACUGUUUGAGUCAUAUUCUUAAAAAAAAAAAAAGACAAUAUCAGCACACUGUUAAACACUAAUUUGCCAUUGAUGAACAAUAACCUACUCACCAGUUAUUGCAGGUCAAUUUUUCAGGAUCCAAUCUGUCUUUUUUUUUCUCUACCUAUCUUCUUCUCCACGUUUAGCUUUGAAACCUACAAUUGUUCAAAUGAAAUAAGUUCAAUGUGUCAAAUAAUUCUCCAAAGUCAUAAUGACACAGCCAGAUAUUUAAAUGUGAGUUGGGUCUGAAGAUGACUUGGGCUUAGCUGUACAACGCUACAAAUAAUACAAACAUAUACAUACUGUACCGCAGCCAUCGACCAACAGAACGGACAUUCCCAUCUGAAACAGUACUGUACCACAGCCAUCAACCAACAGAACGGACAUUCCCAUCUGAAACAGGACUGUACCACAGCCAUCGACCAACAGAACGGACAUUCCCAUCUGAAACAGGACUGUACCAUAGCCAUCGACCAACAGAACGGACAUUCCCAUCUGAAACAGGACUGUACCACAGCCAUCGACAAACAGAACGGACAUUCCCAUCUGAAACAGGACUGUACCACAGCCAUCGACCAACAGAACGGACAUUCCCAUCUGAAACAGGACUGUACCACAGCCAUCGACCAACAGAACGGACAUUCCCAUCUGAAACAGUACUGUACCACAGCCAUCGACCAACAGAACGGACAUUCCCAUCUGAAACAGGACUGUACCACAGCCAUCGACAAACAGAACGGACAUUCCCAUCUGAAACAGGACUGUACCACAGCCAUCGACCAACAGAACGGACAUUCCCAUCUGAAACAGGACUGUACCACAGCCAUCGACAAACAGAACGGACAUUCCCAUCUGAAACAGGACUGUACCACAGCCAUCGACCAACAGAACGGACAUUCCCAUCUGAAACAGGACUGUACCACAGCCAUCGACAAACAGAACGGACAUUCCCAUCUGAAACAGGACUGUACCACAGCCAUCGACAAACAGAACGGACAUUCCCAUCUGAAACAGGACUGUACCACAGCCAUCGACCAACAGAACGGACAUUCCCAUCUGAAAGUGUUGGUUUGGGUGAACAGCAACAAGCCUCUUUUCACAUGUACAGUGCCUUCAGAAAGUAUUCACACCCCUUGACUUUUUUCACAUUUUGUUGUGUUACAGCCUGAAUUUUAAAUGGUUUAAAUGUACUUUUUUUGUGUGUCUCUGGCACACAAUAUCCCAUAAUGUCAAGGUGGAAUAAUGUUUUUUGACAUUUUUACAAAUUGAUUUAAUAAUUAAAAGCUUAAAAAUCUUGAAUCAAUAAGUAUUCAAUCCCUUUGUUAUGGCAAGCCUAAAUUAGUUCACGAGUAGAAAUGUGCUUAAAAGUCACAUAAGUUGCAUGGACUCUGUGUGCAGUAAGAGUGUUUAUCAUGAUUUUUGAAUGACUGCCUCAUCUCUGUACCCUACACAUACAAUUAUCAGUAAGGUCCCUCAGUCGAACAGUGAAUUUCAAACAUAGAUUCAACCACAAAGAUCUGUGAGGUUUUCCAAUUCAUCACAAAGAAGGUAGAUGGGUAAAAAUAAUAAAAUCAGACAUUGAAUA